AUGGACAACAGAGCCAUCAGUCUCGGUGAUUUUAAUAUGCUCACGGAUGAUCUGUUGUCCGAGUUCAUUCUUCAAAAGCUUCCUGCAGAAGAUCUGGGAAGGUGUGCGAGAGUAUCUCGAUAUUUGUAUGUCUUCUCACGUGACGACCAGCUUUGGAAGAGACAUUGUCUGGAUAAAUGGUUUUCCAACAAGGAAGUUAUGGCGUCUUUCACAUUCCGUGGUACUUGGUUACUUACGUAUCUAUUCCCAUCGAGACUAUCAGACGAGGAGGAAAGACAUCGUGUUUUAUCACAUCCUCUUUGUUGGCCCCUUCGAUUGAAUGGCAUUCAAUCCCGUUAUCUCUAUGCCAAAUGGUGUAGAUGUAACAUGUUUCUCGGUAAAUUUGUGCCUCCACCAGAAGCACUCGGACGUGUAGCCGUUGAGAAUGGAGAAACCCUGUCAAAAACAAAAUUUAAUAAUUUGUAUGACGCACCGUCUAUGCCGUGUUUGAUCACAAAUACUGGCGUCGAAAAAUGGCGAGCCUGGGAUGAAUGGAAACUAAACAAUAUCGUUCAUAAAUAUGGCAACAAGAUUUUCAGAGUGGCAAACGAGCGUGGCGGCAAAGUAAAAUACGUACAGAUGACACUAGCAUCCUAUCUGAAUUACAUUCGAAGACAACACGACGAAACGCCGUUAUAUGUGUUUGAUUCAAAUUUUGUUGAAAAUAUACCCGAAAUGGGUUGUGCAUAUCAGGUUCCAGAAUAUUUUCAGGAUGAUCUAUUUUCAGUACUGCAGUCUAAACGCCCGCCAUAUCGAUGGAUAAUAAUAGGUCCCGAGAGAUCUGGAGCAUCAUGGCAUGUCGAUCCAGUAGGAACUUCAGGAAUGAGUAUCUCACGUUUAUCAGCGAAUGGUUAUCGAUCGCUUCUAGAUCAGACGGAUGAUUCAGUGACUUCUUUAUUCUGGUAUUUGGAGAUUUAUCCGCAAUUAACACCAGAGUUGAGACCAAUAGAAGUCUUGCAAGAGCCUGGACUAUAUUUGUUCCUAGUGGAUGGUGGCAUAUGGCACGUAAUUGAAUCAAUUAGCUUUUUCAGUUCGCAAACACCAAAGUUUGUUAUUAACAGCCAAUUAAUUCCUCUACAGGUGCUUAAUCUUGAAGAUACUGUUGCUGUUACUCAAAAUUUUGUGAAUAUGAAUAACCUCGACAAUGUUUGUGAAGAUCUCUUGAGCGAAUCGGAUAAACAAAAUCUAUUAAUAUGGGACGAGUUUUCAAAAAUAUUGACAAGGACAUACCCGGAUUUGGAAGCAUAUAUCAAAAGAAGAACAUCAAUGUUCAGAGACCAAACGAAAGACCCAAUUAUAAAGAAUGAAGGAUUUGACACGAAGAUGGCUUUUAUUGAAUCUUUCAAUAAUACAGAUAUAUGGGGUAUUAGGGUGAAGGAGGCCUGUAAAAAGUCUGGAAUUACAGUUCCUGAAGAUAUUAUGUCUAUAGGUCAAGGACAAAAUCCCGUUUUCAGGUUCUCUCGUUCAAUUGUAAAGUUUUAUUCUCACAUAUAUGAUGGAAUUGAAAGCUAUAAAAGAGAGUCAGAGACGUAUUCAUUGAUAAAAGCGAACGCUCACCCGGAUCUUUCUUGCUAUUUUGCGAACGUAUUGGGAAAUGGUUAUUUAUAUGAAGGAAAUUCAGAGCAACUGUAUUUCUGGCCAUUUAUGAUUUUUGAAGAGGUGGAGGAUAGUGUGAGCUUAGCUGAAGUUUUCAAAGAUGGUGGCUUAAGUCCUCGAAGUGGAGUAGACAUUGAUGGGAAAUAUGGGGUGAUCAAAUGGGGAUUGUUCACGGACCGCAUAGCCAAAAUCCUAAAAGGUCUUCACAAUAUCGCACCAUCCAAAAAUCCAGGAUCCGACAUGAAUGUAUCGUUAUUUUAUGAUUUCAUUAAUAAUCGCAUAGAAAAGGCGCAUGCCUCGCAUAAAAUGUGGCUCUCUUUUCCGUCUGAGCUGAUUGCACAGAUGCCAUUAUAUUUACCAAAAUCGGGUCCAGAGAUCUUUGACCCUGCAGUUGAUGGUUUUUACGCAGGUAUUCUUCAUGGUGACCUCAAUGCAGAAAAUAUCCUUGGUGUGGUAAAAUCUAACGACUCACAAUGUGACUGGACACCUACCACUGUUAUCGAUCUCGGAGAUGCACACAUAAAUGGAGGGGACCCUUUGUUUGAUGUUGUGUCUGUUUACAUAAGCGCGCUUGGUUGCUCAAAGACUUUGUUACAAAGAUUUCUAAAUGCGUAUGGUGGUGGAAUUUCAACCAGAAUGUUUGGGAGGAGAGCGAUGUGGUAUGUUCUAUUAUGGGAAUUCGAGGGUCUAUCGAAGUAUUUAAUGACAUGCAUGCCGCAGAUUCGAGAUUGUAAAAAUUGGGAAGAAGUUGAAGAAUUGGUUUGGGGAUGGUAG